AUGGUAAAGAUAUCAUUUGUAGUUGCAGUAUCUUUAAACAAUGUUAUUGGUAAAGAUGGAGGAAUACCUUGGAGGCUCAAAGGUGAUUUAGCAUUCUUUUCAAAAACAACAACAGGACAUCCCAUUGUAAUGGGAAGAAAAACAUUUGAUUCAAUAGGAAGACCUCUACCCAACAGACACUCAAUAGUCAUAACAUCAUCAGGGAAACUUUAUAACAGAGAUGGUAUAGAAUAUCAAGAGAAACCAGAUGUUCUAACCAUAGUAAGAUCAACUGAUCAAGCAAUAGAGUUGGUUAACAAUUUAAAUAGUGAUGUAGUUUAUAUCAUAGGUGGUGAAACAAUAUACAAAGAAACAUUCAAAUAUGCUAAUGAGUUGUUGAUUACUACGGUGGACACUGUUAUAGAGGGUGGCGAUACCUUCUUUAAUCUCUUCCCUAACAAAGCCACUCCACUAAUUGACUGUAACAACCAAUCAUGGGUCAUAAUGGAUAAAAAAUCUUUUAAAAAAGACAAUGAUAAUGAAUAUGACUACACAAUAUCGACCCUCAAAAGAGAAUAA